AAAACGUUUUCAAAAAAUCCAACAUGUCUUCUAUUCUCUUCGCUAAAAACACUGCGGAAACAACUGGAAAUUCACAAAAAUCAAUUGUGGGAGAUGACGUCCGCAUGUUUGCAGUCUGCUUUUCAAUUUUUAUCUGCUUCUUCUUGAGCUCUUUUCUAUUCUUAACUCUUGUCAAUGAAUGCAUUUACUAUAGAAAUUUGAAGAAUCAGCCAGUGGAAAAGAAGAAAGAUGAGGAAUUAAAUAAAAAUCUGCUGGAGCAAAACAAGUCAGAAGCCAAGGAAAAGACGAGCAAGGAGGUUGAGGAGCUGGUUUUAAUUGAUGAGCCUGUCGCCGAUAAAGGAGAUACAACAAUUGGAGACAGUGAGGGCACUACGAUCAGAUCUUCUGCAUCGGCGUCUCGCAUCGAUUACUCAUCGAAAAAGAAUUAGAACUCUCGGAAUAAUAAUUUUUCAAUAAAUCGUUAAUUUAAAA